UGCAUUUCGAUCGAGGGUAGAGAGAGAAAGCCACACACACACACACACAACAAGUGAUUUAGCCAUCAUAUAUAUCUUGAUGUUAAUGGAUAAAUCCCCUCCCACAAUCAUCUACAUCCUCCUCUUCCUCGCUACUCUCUUUUAUUACAUCUUCUCCAAAAAACACACGAAAAAGCAGAAAUCAUUGACACCAAAAGUGCCCCCAGGUUCAAUGGGCUGGCCUUACCUCGGAGAGACACUCGAGUUAUACUACAAAGACCCCAACAUCUUCUUCUCCGACAAGCAAAAAAGGUACGGCCAGAUCUUCAAAACCCACAUCCUGGGUUGCCCCUGCGUCAUGCUGUGCAGCCCGGAGGCGGCGCGCUUCGUGCUCCUCACCAACGCCCAUUUGUUCAAACCUACUUACCCAAAGAGCAAGGAGAAGAUGAUCGGCCCCGCCGCCCUCUUCUUCCACCAAGGCCAAUACCAUUCCCAAAUUAGAAAGCUCGUCGCCACCUCUCUUUCUCCGAACUCUAUCAAGAGAUUCAUUCCCGGGAUUCAAUCCACUGCCAUCUCCACUCUCCAUUCAUGGGCCACCACUCCCCACCCCAUCAACACCUUUCAACAAAUGAAGAAGUUCUCCUUUGAAGUGGGGGUUUUAGCUAUAUUUGGGGAGCUGGGGAGAGAGCACAAGGAGGAGUUGAAGAAGAAUUAUUGCAUAGUGGAUAAAGGCUACAACUCGUUCCCCACAAACCUACCGGGAACACCAUAUCACAAGGCUUUGAUGGCAAGAAAGAGGCUGAGCCAGAUUUUGGAGGAAAUAAUAAGCGAGAGAAAGGAGAAGAAGGUGUUGGAGAAUGAUCUGUUGGGGCAUCUUCUCAACUUCAAGAACGAAAAAGGGGAGACGCUGAGCGACGAUCAGAUCGCCGACAACAUCAUAGGAAUACUGUUUGCUGCUCAGGACACAACUGCAAGUGCAUUAACAUGGAUCGUCAAAUACCUAACCGAUCAUCCCAAACUAUUGCAAGCUGUUAAGUCUGAACACAAACCAAUCUACCUGGAAAAUAAAAAGGGAAACAAGGGCCUCACAUGGACUCAAACCAGAAGCAUGCCACUUACUUAUAAGGUGAUAUUAGAGAGCUUAAGGAUGGCAAGCAUUGUGUCUUUCACUUUCAGGGAGGCUGUGGCUGAUGUAGUAUAUAAUGGUUAUCUAAUUCCAAAAGGGUGGAAGGUGAUGCCGUUAUUCAGAAAUAUUCAUCACAAUCCUGAAUUUUUCAAUGAACCACAAAAUUUUGACCCCUAUAGAUUUGAGGUUGCUCCGAAACCCAAUACAUUUCUGCCAUUUGGCACCGGGGCCCACUCCUGCCCGGGAAAUGAGCUGGCAAAGCUUGAAAUUCUGAUCUUGGUUCAUCAUCUGGUCAACGAAUUGAGGUGGGAAGUGGUUGGCUCACAAGAUACGGUGGAAUAUAGCCCGUUUCCGGUUCCUCGUAACGGGCUAAGGGCCCGAUUUUGGAAGGAGCCCAACACCCAAGAAAAUUGACGUUUAAAAGUUAGAAAUUAAACAAGUACAAAAAUAGUACCUAACAAAUUAAAUAAGUGUUACUAUUAGCUAUGUACCCCAGAACCCUUUGUAAUUUUUAGAAUUUACCAAGGGUUCAAUAUUAAUGUAUUAUGCUCAUAGGGUUUUUUAUUUUCACAACUUGGUGAUUUUUUUCUGCAAGUCUUGCACUUGUUUGUACACGAUAUAUAUUAAUAUGAAAAUUUAAUGAUACUAUAUUUUUAGUACAA